AUGUCUGGCAUACCGAAUAUGCUUUCAAUGUCUCACCAACCCACUGGCCCCAUCAAAGAUGGAUCUUCCUCAUCAUCAGUCGAAAAUCGUGUCAAUUGUGAAGCCCCUGCAGAAGUCAAUUCGGCGUUACCAACUUCACCAGGAUCAACGAUAAAACCGAGGAGGAAGUAUGGGCCACGCACAUCACGAGCAUGUGUAGCGUGUCAUGCGCGCAGAAAACGAUGCAGAAGGACAGGGGAGGAGCAGUGUGAUAAUUGCAAGAACAACGGUAUAGAGUCGAUAAGAAGUCUCGCUCACGGUGUUAAUGCCUUAUUCGAAUCAGUUACGCAAGAUGUUAUAGCAGGCCAGACCCUCGAGACCCCGGAAAAUGAAUCGAUUACAUCAGAAUCUUCAUGUACCUCCGAAUCGGCCGAUUCCAAUCAUACUGCCCUCCCCACUUCACUCUUGAAGCCCUCCCGCACUAAGAGUCCAUUUGUGACUCCACUUGAUUGCAGAUUAAAGUAUACAUUACCAUGCUUCCUUCGUUCACUUCCGAGUACGCUCUCUCCUGAAGAUUUUGAAUAUCUCGCAUUGAAAGGGGUCUUGAGAAUACCUUCAGGCUCCAUCAGGGGCUCCCUACUACAAGCAUACAUUGAAUACGUUCAUCCAAAUAUGCCCAUACUCAACCUUCAUGAGUUUAUCUCUAUAACCCAUGGUCUCUACAGAAACUAUGGACGAAUCAGCUUACUGCUGUAUCGGGCUAUUAUGUUCUCCGCUACCUUCUUCGUCGAUAUUGAGUAUGUAUACGAAGCAGGUUACUCAACAAGAAUGGCUAUGUCGAAAGACUUUUUCGACAAGACAAGGCUCCUUUAUGACUUGGACUGUGAACCUGAUCAACUUAUCCAGGCACAAGCGCUGCUUCUUAUGUCACAUUGGUACGAAUCUCCCAAUAGCCAAAAGGACGGAUGGCAUUGGUUAGGUCUCGCCAUUGCUACACUUGAAGGUCUUGCAGCAACGGCCAAGACUUAUGAAUACACCAACCAGAGGCAAUGGAAACGCCUUUGGUGGUCAUGCUAUGUCCAAGACCGCCUUCUCUCCCUCACUAGUCGCAGGCCGACAAGACUCAACAAUAUCAGUUUUCACGUCGAUUUACUCUUAGAGUCAGAUUUCGAGAUCAUGAGACUGGAUGGUGCCUGCAUCAUCUCAUCAGAGAUACCUACUUUCAUGGCAAACCCUGAGAUGCAAAGGCAAAGUGCUUCCAUAUUUAUCUCAUUGGCUGAACUCUGCACAUGUCUCGAUGAUAUACUCCAAACUCGGUACUCACUGGUAACUCCCAUGGAGAAUGGGGCCCAAGGUGCUACCAUGUUUUAUCCAAAACAGCCUUGUCAUAUCGACUAUGCCGAAGUUGAGGCUGUAAAUGAUGAGCUCAUGUCAUGGGCAAUAUCUUUGCCGUCAGGCUUCUGUUGGAUGUCGGCGCAGUUUCCGACUGAGUCACCGUCGAUGACUGUGCAGAAGAUGUUUCUCCACAUCUUAUUCUACACUGCCCUUGCCUUCCUUCAUCGAGGAACCUCUGGUCAAACCCAGGCUCCUUCAAAGGCAUACGAUGCGACCACACAGAUAUUUACAAUAGUCCAACAUCUUCAUCAACAGCACUUAGAAAAGCUUCUACCAAGCUCAGCAGUUACAUGCAUCUUAACAGCAUCGAUGGUCUAUUUGGCUGAAGGUUCUGGACAAUUCCAAGCAACAGACGCUUUUCAGAUGAAUGAACAUGUACUGGCAGAGCUCUCAAAGGUUUACACAGUGGCAGAUCAUGCUAUCACCAUUAGCAAAGCCGCUGCCAUAAGACUGGGGGUUAAAAACAUUUAGAAAUGACUUUCAGAUACAAAGCUCAGAGGAUGUUCCAUAAUAGGAAAGAAACUGUAUAAUUAAUAGACUAUCAUUUAUUGGCGCCAAAAUCAACUUCCUGACUGCAGCAUCGCAAAUGUUUCUCGUUGACAGAACCAUAAACCUCAGUCCAGGUUCCGACACAUUCAAUAUAAGAGAUCCGAAGCUAAGAGUGCGCAUUCUUUGCUUUCGCAGUUCUGGCGCCUGGGAUUGGUGCACAUUGGAUUCAGAAAGCAUGGUGAGGCCAUAGUGUCGUGAAUAGGUG